GAGCCGAGAGAGCGGGUACUGCUGGUACGCCGGUACAUUCCAACGUGUUUCUUCGAUCUUUGUGCGUGCUUCUUCCAUGUCGGUUUGGUGCGCCAUUUUGUCUUUUUUUUUUGCGUGGCGUGCGAGUGCCUGUGCAACGCGCGUGUGUGCUUUGGAGCUGCAGCCUCAACUCGAGUGCACGUGUAAAGGUUCACAGGACAGGUCUGAAAGGUCAACGUCAAUCAUAUUUGGCCGUGGAUAUCACUGCAACUUUGGCACUCGACCAAGCGAGGCCAACUGCCUACAUGCACCCACGCCACAGCUGCGACGUAUUGCCCCACUGUCAGCGCAUAAGCCUUCUGGCAUAGGUGUAUAUCAACCUCAAGCAUACUUGGCUGUGGAUGUCACUGCAACUUUAACACUCCAUGAAGCGACGCCUACUCACCCCAUGCACCCAAGCCACAGCUGCAACAUAUUGCCUCGUCAGCGAAGUCAGCUCAUAGGCGCAUACUUCUAAAGUAUAUUUCAUGGAAACACAUCUCAAUGUCAUGAUUUCUUGUCACAUUUGCGAGACUGCAGUGCAGAACUUGUACAAAUAUGAGAGACACUACAGAGUUCAUUCAAAUGUUCAUAAUGUUAAUGUAGCAUGUGUAAAUCAGGGCUGCUCGAAACAUUUCAAAACAUUUAAUGCACUGCGUGUGCUUGUUUCACGCAGUCAUGUUGGAGAUGAUGUUGCUUCUGUGUCAUCUGGACAAGAAUUUAGAUGUCCUCAUAUAUUUCGUGAUGUCAAGUUUUCUUUUUUUUUUUUUAAAGAGGUUGGGCACGUUAAGAAGCAUAUUUCUUCUAGUGUUGCCACUGCCUGUUGUUUGUAAACUGUAAAAAAGUGUUUUCAAGUGCAAAAUCAUUCACGUCUCAUGUAAGUUGCUUUCAUGGCAGCAUUGUGUGUCCAAGACAGAGUGUGACACAAUGUGAGGAAGAUCUUGCAGCACCUAGCAGUGCAGGCCAAGAUUUCACCAGUGUUGAUGUUUAACAAGUUUCAGGGCAUGAUAAUGAGGU